AUGGACCAACGAUCUGCCUGCAAACGGAGCAGCAGCAGCAACCCCUUGCGCGGGCUAGGCGAGGAGCUACUCACCAUCGUGUGGGAGUCCGCCUCGAGCGAGCAGCUGGGCUCGUGGCUCCGAGUGCCGCUGGAGCACGCCGCCACCGCCGCCGCUGCCCCGGAGCACCGUUACAACGACAGCAGCCCCGCCCUCUGCUUGAAACUGCUCGAAGCGGGCGCGGACGCGUUCGUGCGGCGAGGGCCGGUGCUCGAUCGCUCCCCGCUCCUCGCGGCAGCCGAGGUGGGCAACGCUGCCGUCGUGUCCGCGCUGCUCGACAAUGGCUCGGCCCCAGACGGAGAAGAAAAAGACUGCUGGGGAGCAUCGAUCUUCAGCAGCCGCAGCAGCGCCAUGACCGUGGAUACCAGUAUCCCCUGGGGCGUGGUCGACGCCAGCAGUAACUACGGGGGUCGACGGACGCCGUUACACUUUGCUGCCUCCGGGGGGCAUGUCUCGACGGUGAGGGCCUUGAUCGGUGCGGGUGCGGACUUGGACACGGCAGACGGGGAUGGCUGUACCCCGUUGCACCUGGCCGUCUUUCGAGGCUUCGAGGAAGUCGUUCAGGAGCUGGUGGACGCAGGAGCCAGCGUGGACACCAGCGACUCGGAGGGUGAGACGCCUCUGCACACGGCUUCGGCGCACGGAUCCCUCGGCAUGGUCAAGGCGAUCCUGCGCGGUUCUCGCGAGAGCAUCCUGCCGUGCCUCACGGACCAUCUUGAGAUGCCCCCGCUUCACCGCGCGGCGCUAGGAGGGCACUGCGAGGUAAUGUCCGAGCUGCUACGCCAGGGUUCCAGCCUACACACUCUUGCUGGGAACGCCCGAACAGCUCUGCAUGCGGUGAGUCUUGGCUUCAAAUUUCGUUUGCCAACGACUGCAGCAGCACCCAACAAACCCACCCUACGAGUGAGUGCAGAGUACUUCCGUUCGUUGCACUCUACUGAACUGAAUACAGUAGACUAUUUAGUCUACUACUGA